UCCAAGUAAAAUGUGACAAAGGUUUUGCGCAAAAUUUAACGCCAAAUCGCAAGCCAGAGGGAUAACGGCGCGGGGGAACCCGGUGGAAAAUGUACUACCCAGCGGCGAGUGUGUGCUAAUAAUUAUUGCGUCGGCAAGUGACCGCUGGAAAGAAAUAUCUAAAUCUGCUAACGAUCGUGCAGACCGCCAAAAAAGGUGACGGAUCUACGGUUGUGCCCGUGUGUGUGCGACAGUGUGUGGGGCUCAGGUGGUGGGCACAGGUGUGGCCCAGAGGCAGUCAGGAUAGUGGGCCACCGGCAGCGGAAGGGAGGUCGGAGUCCGCCGGGUCCCGGAGCGUCCUCCUCUACGGAUCGGCAGGAAACGGACUUCAAAAUUUUAACGGAAGCUACCAAAACGCCCCCACGGGCAGUCGCGCUGGCGUCCUUUCUGGGGGACAGUUUCGCAGCAAUCGGUGCCCGCGCCCCACCGGCGAAGGAUCUGAUGGCGUUCGGUUCGGUACUGCAGCACAAUCAGCAUAAUAUCGGUCGGGGAGAACCACCGUCCGGGCUGGGCGAUCCGUGUGCCGGCUGCAACAAACCGAUUCUGGACAAAUUUCUACUGAACGUGCUGGAACGCGGAUGGCACGCGGCCUGCGUGCGAUGCUGCGAGUGCCACCAGCCGCUGGCGGACAAAUGUUUCAGCCGCGAGUCGAAGCUCUACUGCCGGAACGACUUCUUCAGGCGCUACGGUACCAAGUGCAGCGGCUGCGGACAGGGCAUUGCGCCGUCGGACCUGGUGCGGAAACCGCGCGACAAGGUGUUCCACCUCAACUGCUUCACGUGCUGCAUCUGCCGGAAGCAGAUCAGCACCGGGGAGCAGCUGUACGUGCUGGACGACAAUAAGUUCAUCUGCAAGGACGACUACAUCCUCGGCAAAGGACCCCACCCGAUGACAGACUCCCUGAUGGGCUCGGCGUCGGAAGACGAGGACGAGGAGGACCAGAUGAGGCCCGGCGUGCUGGCGGGGCUGGUCGGGACCGGGGCCGGCGCUGCCGGGCUGCACCAUGGCGAUGGGCCACUCGGUGCGUCGGACCUGUCCGUCCAGAGCAUGAGCACCGACAGCAAGACCGGACACGACGACUCCGAUCAGGGUUCGCUCGACGGUGACCCGGACUGCCGGGGGGACUCGCAGGCGGAGAACAAGAGCCCGGACGAUGGGGCCGGCUCGAAGCGGAGGGGCCCCCGGACGACGAUCAAGGCCAAGCAGCUCGAGGUGCUGAAGAACGCAUUUAGUCAAACACCAAAACCCACUAGACACAUAAGGGAACAGCUGGCCAAGGAGACGGGAUUGCCGAUGCGGGUGAUACAGGUUUGGUUUCAGAACAAGCGCUCGAAGGAACGGCGACUGAAGCAGCUGACGAGCAUGGGCCGGGGGCCGUUCUUCGGCGGGGCCCGGAAGAUGCGCGGCUUCCCGAUGAACCUGUCGCCCGGCGGGCUCGACGAACCCGGCUUCCCGUACUUCGCGACCGACGGCAAGUUCGACUUCGGCUACGGUGGCCCCCCGUUUCACCCGCACGACGGCCCGUUCUUCGGUGGGCAUCCGGGCGCGGGGCCCGGCAUGCCCUUCGGUGGCCCUGGAGGACCCAUGGACCACCCGGGACCGAUCCCAAUGGUAGGGGACUUUGUCGGCGCCGUCGGUGGGAUGGCUGGACCGGAUGGCGGUGGCGGCGGCCCUGGCGGUGGCCCUGGUGGCCCCGGGGGCCCCGGAGGACCCGGCGGCCUGAUGGGACCGGGCGGCUUCAUGGGCCAACCGAAUGCCGGACCGCACGGACCGGACGGUGGCAUGCUGACCGGGGGAGUGAACCGACCCGGAGGAGGCGCUGGCGGCGGUGGUCCCGGCGGUGGUGGUGGUGGCGGUGGCAACGGUGGUCCCGGCAGCGGCAGUCCGGUCGAGUUCCUGUCGUCGAACUUUGCCGAAUCGCAAAACAUGCAGAACGAGGGCCUGGUGUGGUAAGCGUGCGCCGGGGUUGCGCGGUGCGUUGGUGAGUUUACAUUUAUUUCCUCGGCAAGAAACUAUCACAA